UAUAAAACAAGCUGCACGCGCACAGCGAUCGCAAAAAAUCUGAAGUUUAUAUUUAUAUGGUAAUCAGUGAAGUAAAGUCAUAUUUACUAUUUUACAGAGGAAAUUAAAGUGUAACAAGUGAUUCAAUUUCUUCUAUUUCAAGAUUUCGUUUACACAUUUGACAAUAAUUGUGUAGUAUAAUACUAAUAAUAAUUUUCAGAAAAAUGGCUCCGAAAGUAGCCGUUGUUACCGGAUCAAAUAAAGGAAUCGGUUUUGCCAUCGUGCGUGCUCUCUGUAAGCGAUUUGAUGGUGAUGUUUACCUUACAUCUAGAGAUUUAAAUCGGGGUCAGAAUGCAGUCGCUGAACUUAACAAAGAAGGCCUGCGUCCGAAAUACCAUCAACUGGACAUCACAGACCCUAAGAGCGCUGAAAAGUUACGUGAUCAUUUAAAAGAAAAUUAUGGGGGUUUAGAUAUUCUAGUGAACAAUGCUGCUAUUGCUUUUAAAGUAAAUGCUCCAGAACCCGUCGCAGUUCAGACGGAACAAACUUUGUUUGUUAAUUACUACUCUGUUCUAUCGACUUGCGAGAUACUCUUUCCAAUUUUACGCAAUGGUGCAAGAGUGGUUAACAUAACAAGUUCCUGUGGGCAUUUGACUAAAAUCAAGAGUGAGAAGUUGAGGAAUCGGUUUAAGGAUCCUAAUCUAACUAUAGAAGGCUUGUGUAACAUGAUGCAAGAAUAUAUUGAGGCAGCAAAACAAGGUACUCAAGCAGCAGACUGGGGAAAUUCAAGCUAUGCUGUUGCUAAGGUUGCUAUAACAGCAUUGUCCAAGAUACAACAAAGAAUGUAUGCUGAUAGAGAUAUUAUAGUAAAUGCAGUGAACCCUGGUUAUGCGGCCACUGAUAUGACUUUACAUAAGGGAAGGCUAACUAUUGAUCAAGCGGCAGUUGCUCCAGUUUACUUAGCAUUAGAUGCUCCAGACUCUGUUAAAGGGCAGUAUGUUUGGAAGGACAAGAGUGCAAUCAGUUGGGAAGAGGAAUUGGCUGAUCCAGACUAUAUUAUAUAAAGACUAUAAUAAAGCUUAUAUUAUAUGUUAUCCUAUAUGAUGAAAGUUUUUGAUGUUUACAAUAAGAUAUCAGAAUGAGGCUCGGCUGCUCUUAACAUUUCUGUAACUUUUGUAGAUUUUCUAAAUAAUAAAAGAUUUAUUAAUGUUA